AUGUACAAUUUUGGUCCAUUAUCUCAAAUGGUUUUAGAUGAAGCUAUUAAGAAAGAAAUCUUUGAAUAAGAAUAAGUCUAACGAAAAGAAUAACAGCUUGCUGAUUUAUAUAGAUAUGCUACGCAUUAUCAUUCACAUCAUCCUUAAAUUUAUCAUUAAGCUUAAAGUCUGAUUAAUGAAUUGAUUUAUCAUUUCAGAGACUGGAAAAUCUAUAGAUUUUUAAUCGAGUAAUAAAUUAAAUAUAUGCUUAGGUUAACUUAGAAGUUAUCAACUAAAUCAGAAAUGAUAUAAUCUACAAAUGGAAUGGUUUAAAAUUUAAAACCUCACUUGGGAAAUCAAUUGGCUUGUUUAGUAUAUGCAGCAAAUAAUAUUAAUAAUUUUGGAAAACUUAUUUAAUUAAGAGACAUAAUAUUAAGCUAUUUUCAGACAACCUUUUUGACGCCUACUUUUGAAGUUAACCUGUAUUUAAUAAAUUUAUUUAAUAUGUAAUUUGUUAGAGAUAUAUAUUUGACAUAAUUCAACCAAAAACAUUAAAUUCACCUGAUAAAUUAUGGGCAUAAUUAUACUCCAAAUUGUUAACCACUUGUAUUUACUCUAUAAGAUGAUGAUAUUUACACUUAGGUUUCAUAAUAAUCAUCCUAAAUUGUUUACUCAUAAUAUGGUGUUCAAUAAUAAUCAUUAAAUCCUUAUUCAUCUUACCAAAAUCAAUAAUUAAAUAUGACAGAUUCAUAAUUUUAAUAGUAUUAAAGCUAAUAAAACCCAUAUCAAUAAUUGUAAAGCUCAACAAAUUAACAAUAUUAAUAUUAAAACUAAUCAAACCCAUAUUAAUAAUAGUAAAACUAAAUAAACCCAUAAUAUUAAUAAUAUUAAAACCAAUCAACCUCAUAAUAUUAAUAAUAUUAAAAUUAAUCAAACCCAUAUUAAUAAUAGUAAUAUCCAUAAUAGUAAAUCAUAUAUAAUAAUUAAAAUAUAUAUGUUCAAUCUCAAAACCCUUAUCCGAAUAUUCCUUAACCAUAAAAUUAAGGAUAUUCAAAUUCUUAAUAACCCAUCACUAAUCCAUAUAAUACUAGUUCUUAACAAUAAAUAGGAAAUCAGACAAAUUAUACAUAAAGCAAUAAUAAUUAAUUACCAAAUCAAGGAUAAAUCUCAGGUCUUUAACCAUAAUAAUCUGUAAAUUAAGGUUAACCUGAUUAUAAACCAUAAACUUCAGCUUUAGCUUCAGGAUAGCAAAAUUCAUCAUACCCUCCUUAUUCUAAUUAAAUAGCUUCAUUUCCUCCCACUCAAGGAUAUUAAUAUAAUUUAUAAAACAAUAAUGAAAAUAAAGUGGAAUAAUAAUAAUAAUAGGCAAAUCCAUAUCAAAUGGCAACUUCUUAUGGUACUUAAAAUCUAAGUGAUGAUCCGAAAAAGGAAUAAGUGUCGUAAUCCAAUAGUUAUAACUAAUACCAAUCGAAUUAUUAAUAUAGUUCUAGUUCUUAAAAUGUUUAAUAUGAAACAUUUGAAUAGAAAUAAUAGGCUGUACCCUAAAUUUAAUAAAGUUUCUCUUAAGUUUCAGAUUAAUCUUAAGGAUUUAAUUAGAUAAAUACAAGCUUAAACAAUUAAAAUACACAAUAAUAGUUAAAUCAAAAUAAUCCAAAUUACUCAAAUUUUAUAUAGGAUUAAUAAUAAUUAUAAACUAUUAGUAUUUCUUAAAAUAAUAAUCCUAAUUAAUAGAACAACUAUUAAAAUCCAUCUAAUUAAAUACAAAGCUUUUCAGAACAGCAAGCAAAACCUUCUCUUCCACCUCCACCUCCCCCUCCUCCUCCCCCUCCAUAAGUAUAAGCUCCUAAAGAUGUAAAAAAUUAAAAAAAAAUAGAUGAAUAAAAUUUAGUUGCAAUUAAUUAAGGAUCAUUUAAUGAUCAAUAAAUUUAACAAAAUAAUUUACCAUAAGAAAAUAGUAAUAGCUUAUUUGAAGAAUUAUUCUUAAAUGAAAACUUAAAGAAUUUUUAAUUGAUUGACAGUAAAGGUUGUCCAUAAAUAGAUUAAAAGGUAUAGUAUAAGAAAGAUCGAUAAAUGAAAGGAUUUAGAAAUCAUGAUGAAUAAGCUUUAUUCAUUUUAAAAUGUUAUUAUGAUGGAAAAUAUGCACAGAACAAAAUAGAUAGAACUGAAGAAGUGAAAUAGUUAGUGAAUUUCUGAUUUACAAAAAAUUUAUUUUUAAUAUAAU